AUGCUGAGGUCUGCUCCUCGUCCGAGCGUCUCUGCUACAACUGUGAGUGCUUUGAUUAAGGAGGCAUGUCUGAUAUACCUUGCUAAUGUGUCAAUCCCUUGUCAAUCAGGCAAGCAACCUGGACAUGAGUCCAGCAGCUGCCCGCGUCCUCGUACUACCGAGAGCCACGUUCAGGCCGAUUGUCCUACUUUGCGUCUCAACGGUGGAGCUAACGGCCGCUGCUACAACUGCAACCAACCCGGCCAUCUUGCUCGCAACUGCCCCGCUCCUGCCUCUGGUGCCGGUCGUGGUGUCGGUGCUCCCCGCGGGGGAUUUAACGGUGGACUCCGCGGUGGAUACGGUGGUUACCCUCGUGCCGCUACUUGCUACAAGUGCGGUGGUCCCAACCACUUCGCUCGUGACUGCCAAGCUCACGCCAUGAAGUGCUAUGCUUGCGGCAAGCUUGGUCACAUCUCCCGUGACUGCACUGCUCCCAACGGUGGCCCCCUGAGCUCUGCUGGCAAGGUCUGCUACAAGUGCUCUCAAGCCGGCCACAUCUCUCGUGAUUGCCCUAACAACGACGCUGCUAACCAGCAGCCUGCCGAGUCGGCUACUGCUCCUGCUGCUGCUGCCGCUGCUCCUGCCGCUACCACUGUCACCGCUGAGGUCAGCGCCGAAGCUGCUCCUGUCCCGGCCCCUGCUCCCACCGCCGCUGUCGCUUAA